GAGUAAGUGGGUGGCCAUCUUUGUUAGGGGCAGAGGUCGUGGCUACGGAGCCCCAGUAAGACCACGAGACUUCCGGCUAGCUGGUGAGUCCUGGCGCCCACGGGCGUGGAGUGCGACGGGAAGCGGGGAGGCGGCGAGCGUUAGGUUCGUUUGGGACUCGCCGUGCAAAUGGCACGGGCGUCCAGCUCUAGUGGCCCUUUGCCUCCACUCGCUAACGUACCCUCGUCGUGGGCGCAGCCCGUGGGCGCUGGGGAGGAGCGGGACGAGGGGAGGCGUGGAGGGCUAGGGCUACUGGCUGCGGUGAGCGUCCCGUGCCCGGACUUCAGCAGACAGCCGUGGGCUCCCGCGUCUGCAAGCGGCCCGAUGCCCUUCGCUCUUCAGCGGCUCCGGGCCACAUUGCUUCGUCUGCACCGCGAGCGAGAGCAGCUCCUGCGGGCCCGGGACUGCGCCCGCCACCUGCAGGCGGUCGUGCGGCUGCUCCGCUCCGGCUCCUCGGCCGGUUCCCUCUCCCUGCAGCAGUUGCACGGCGAUUUACAGCUGUGCCCAUCUCGUGGGGCGGCUCUGCGCCUCGGCUUCCCGGGCUCCAGGGAGACGCUUCUCCUGACUCGCCCUGUCGGGCUAGCUGCCCAGCACUUGGAGGCUGCCAUCGAGAUGCAGCUUCGUUCACUGGGCCGGACACCCGCUAGCCUGGGCCUGACAUCCCAGCUAGCCGAACUGUUGCUGGCCCUUCCCUUCUACCACACUCUGCAGGGACAUUCCCUGAACUUCGUCCCCGGGGCCGCGCGCCCAUUCCCCGCGGCCCGUGUGCUCCAGCUCCUGGCUGCAGAGCGGGGUUGUCAGGUGGCAGAUAAGCUGGCUGAAGCCCGUGGCGGAUCGGGCUUGCAGGAGCAGCUCCGUCGGCAGUGCGAGCAAGAGCGAGAGCUGCUGCCCGGGCUGCUGGGCCUGGUAGGGGGCGUGGCUAGCACCGACAGCAGCGGACUGAGGCUUGGGGGACCUGGAGCCCUGUGGAGCCAGUAUUGGACCUUGCUGUGGGCAGCCUGUGCUAAGUGUUUGGACCUACGCGUGGGACCCUGGGAGGACCCUAGAGCAAUGGCACAAGAGCUGAGUCAGGCACUGUGUCAAGCACCCCUGCCUCAGGAGUGUGAGAAGGAGCUGUUGUCUCUGUGUCACAGCCUGUUUCACCAGUCUGUCAUCUGCAGCUGGGACCAAGGGUUCUGCCAGGCCUUAGGAUCAGCCCUGGGUGGUCAGAGCAGCCCUGCGUCACUGUCUCCUACCUCUGAGCUGCUGCAGCGGCUUUUUCCUCCCCUCUUGGAUAGCCUUCGACAGCCCAGGCCAGAACUUAGGCUGUGUCCGCCUGCAGGUCCUACGCCUGUCGCUCUGGGGCUCUGUACCCUGCAGACCACCUUGCUCUGGUUUGUGGGCAGAGCUCAGCAGCACCUGGCAGCGUGGGACCCCGGUUCCUUCUUGCUCCUGCUCCAGAAGGAUCUGCCUCCUCUUCUGUCUGCGGUGGAGGCGCUGUCCAGCCUGGCCUCCGAAGCAGCGCUCACUCUGGAGGUGGAGCAGCAGCUGGGCCUAGAGAUCCACAAUUUGACUGAAAAGAUGCAGCUCCUGCCCAAAGAAUCACUGGGUCUGUUUGUCCAAGAAUGCCAUAAACAAGCCACACAAGGCUUCAAGCUCCACAUGCCGAGGGGUCGAUACUGGAGACUUCGAUUGUGUCCUGAACCUCCCAGUGACCCUAGUGAGUACGCUCGGAUAGUGGUCUACUCUGUGUUGGAGCCUGUGUUGCAAGGACUUCAGGGAUUGCCACCUGAAGCCCAAGCCCCUGCCCUCGGCCAGGCACUGACAGCCACACUGGGCGCCUGGCUUGACCACAUCCUCACCCAUGGGAUCCGGUUCAGCCUGCAGGGGGCGCUGCAGCUCAAGCAAGACUUCGGAGUGGUCAGGGAGGUUCUGGAACAAGAGCAGUGGGGCCUGUCGCAGGAGCUUCGCCAGACUCUGCUCUCACUCAGCAUCUUCCAGCAGCUAGAUGGGGCCCUGCUGUGUCUCCUGCAGCAACCCCUGCCCAAGAAUCCAGUCCACAGAAGACCUCCCCGUUGCUGUCUCUGUUAUGAGGUCCAGACCACUGAACUGCCCACCAGCAGCCUCAACAGCCUGGAAAACUUGGCACCCCCUCUUCGUCUUGGAGUCUCCCCUGCCCAGAACACUCACCUGCUAAGCACCCUGGGGGGAGGAGGACGAGGAGGAGGGGGAGGGGGAGGACCAGGACCUAGUCCUGAGGCUUACCUGGUGGGAAACCAGCAAGCCUGGCUUGCCCUGAGGCUGCACCAACACCCACGUUGGCACCUGCCUUUUUUUUCUUGCCUGAGGACAAGUCCUGAACCCUAAGUUGACUAGGACCAGGGGUUGCAGAUCAUGCCCCAGACAAGGAACUGUAUGCUAGAGAAGCUUAAACCUGGGUGCUUGAUAAAACAUGUUCAUAAACUAGAGUCCAGAAUUGAACCCCCAGAUCAUCCUAGGAUCUGCAAUCCAGAGUAAUAGGCAAACUACAGCCUGAAAUCUGGAUGUCGGAAACAAUGAAGACAUCUUGGAGCUAAAACUAGAAGGGGUCUACAGGGCUAGCGCUCAGGAGACAGGCAAACCUUGCUUUCUCUCGAAUCCCAGGAGCAAAGCGAAAACUGAUUCAUGAGGAAACACAGACAAAGCAGACAUUUCUACACGUGGAGGGCAGUCUUACCCCUUCCCCGUCUCUGUUUCUAGUCAUUAGGCUGUAGGGCCUGGACAUUUAAGCCUUGGCUGUUGCUACAGGGGCAGGGCUUGCCUUCUGCUGGGUGGACAGUCCCCGCAGUGACAUCCUUUCCAAGGAAGGAGCCAGGAUGUGGGGUGGUGCUGACCUAGAUCUCGCAGGCAGGACCCCGAGGGAGAGGGCUGAAGGACGUUUUCCUGCGAAGGGGAUUUUGCACAUUCACUGCUUAUGCUGUGUGGCACAGAACACUGCUAAUGGCUGAAGUAUUCGCGGGUGGCCCCGGAGGUCAGCCGCGCGAAGUACCGCGGAGCCGCCGGAAGCGGUCCGUUCCAAUAAACCGAUCCCCAGUGCUACUCCUUCCGGGGUGGAGGUAACCAUGGCGGCGG